AAAAGCCAUAUUAUAACAAACAGUCGGUGUGCGUUCCCACACAACACGUCUUCUCCACUCUCUGUUUCUUCUUCUUCUUCUUCUUCAUCUCCUCCAUGUCCAAACCUUCCCAUCCCACUCUCUCCUGCACCUCCAUUUUCUCUCUCCUCUAGGGUUUUGCCAACCUCCCCUCUAUUCAUGUUUGCGGUUCCCAAAAACCCACUGAACCCAUGUACUAAAGCCUCGACCUUUUCCAUCCAUGGCUAACGAAUUCACUGCUUAGCCAUAAUUUUAGGCACUUUUUUCCAAUACCCACUUCGAUUUUCUGCGAAAUCUCUGUGUUUUCAGAGACAGAGAUCUCUCUGUUUGUAUACUGGGAUUUGCUCAUACCGCAUAUAUAAAUAUAUUGACGUAUACAAAAUUAUAGUCUGAGAUAGUUUUUAGAGAGAGAAAGAGAUGGCGAAAGAGAAUUUCUCAGCUCAGAAAAGGAGCGGAGGAGGAGUUGGGUUGCCGACGAGUACUGCCGCUCCGGCCGCCAAUGGAAGAGCUCGAGCAUUCGCGUCUUUACCUCGUGGCCGUCAGAUCCAGAAGACCUUCAAUAACAUCAAGAUAACCAUUCUUUGCGGCUUCGUCACAAUCCUCGUCCUUCGUGGAACCAUCGGUGUCGGAAACCUGGGAAGCUCCGACGCCGACGCUGUCAACCAGAACAUAAUCGAAGAGACCAAUCGGAUCCUCGCGGAGAUCCGAUCCGACGGUGACCCGAACGAUCCGGAUGAGCUUACCGAGACCGAGAUCAACCCCAACAUAACGUUCACUCUCGGACCCAAAAUCACCAACUGGGAUCGAGAGCGAAAAGCCUGGCUCGAUUCCAACCCGGAGUUCCCGAAUUUCAUCAACGGUAAAGCUCGAAUCUUGCUUGUUACUGGGUCUCCUCCUAAGCCUUGUGAUAACCCAAUUGGGGAUCAUUAUUUAUUGAAAGCGAUUAAGAACAAGAUUGAUUACUGUAGGCUUCAUGGGAUUGAGAUUGUUUACAAUUUGGCUCAUUUGGAUAAGGAACUUGCUGGGUAUUGGGCAAAAUUGCCAUUGAUUAGGAGAUUGAUGCUGUCUCAUCCUGAAGUGGAGUGGAUUUGGUGGAUGGAUAGUGAUGCAUUGUUUACUGACAUGGUGUUUGAGAUCCCUCUAUCAAAGUAUAACAAUUACAAUUUGGUGGUUCAUGGGUAUCCUGAUUUGAUGUUUGAACAGAAAUCUUGGAUUGCUUUGAAUACAGGUAGUUUCUUGUUUAGGAAUUGCCAGUGGUCUUUGGAUUUGUUGGAUGCUUGGGCUCCAAUGGGUCCUAAAGGUCCUAUUAGGGAAGAGGCAGGGAGAAUUUUGACUGCAAAUUUGAAGGGAAGGCCAGCAUUUGAGGCAGAUGAUCAAUCUGCUUUGAUCUACUUGUUGCUCUCACAGAAAGAUCAAUGGAUGGAUAAGGUGUUCCUUGAGAAUUCUUACUAUUUGCAUGGUUACUGGGCUGGGUUGGUGGAUCGGUAUGAAGAAAUGUUAGAGAAGUAUCAUCCAGGAUUGGGUGAUGAGAGGUGGCCGUUUGUGACCCAUUUUGUGGGAUGCAAACCUUGUGGGAGCUAUGGAGAUUACCCUGUUGAAAGAUGCUUGAGCAGCAUGGAGAGGGCUUUCAAUUUUGCAGAUAACCAAGUCCUUAAGCUGUAUGGGUUUAGGCACAGGGGCUUGUUGAGUCCAAAGAUCAGGAGGAUCAGGAAUGAAACAGUCACUCCUUUAGAGGUUGUUGAUCAGUUUGAUAUUCGAAGGCAUCCGGUACAAGGUAGCACUGGAUCACGGAGCUAGUGUGUAAUACGUCUUUCAUUGUGUGAUAAUUUGGUAGGUAAUGAUGUAAUUUCAUCAGUUAAAGCAGAUUUAAAAAAAAAAAAAAAAACAAAGAAAACUCGAUAACAGUUCACUUUUACGUAAGUUUUGUUUGUUCUGUUGUCUUUUGUACUGCUUUUGAGAUCUCAACAUAGUAGAAUUCUUUCAUAUAUUAA